AAGUAGGGACGUCCCAAGGAUCCCGGAUAGCAUGGACCAUUCGGAAAUGUCGUCAUUUCAGUAUGCGUCUGCGCACAAUAUCGAAACACUUCCACCGUGGAACGUCCAUUCGCUUUUAUCCAGAAGGAAAAAUCAUCAUAUUUUCAGAUUUAGGUUGCCCUUUGACCUGACCCGUGUAGCUACAGUGAUGGUCUGCAUUCCCUGCAUCGUCAUUCCAGUCCUCUUGUGGGUGUACAAGAGGUUCCUUGAACCAAUCAUCUACCCCUUCAUUGGUCCAAUCAUAAGCCGAUUCUGGCCAACAAGGAAAGCUGUACAGGAGAGUGGCAUAGGAACUGGUGACGUGAAAGCCAGUGAAAAGAGCAAUGGUUGUCCAGUGAUGAGCAAUGGAGCUUGCAAGACUGAAGUCAAUGGUGUUGCUGCAAAUGGGCCGGCUGCAAAUGGGACGGCUGCAAAUGGGCCGGCUUCUACAGUGUCUGACAAGAAGACUGACUAACAUCUCCAGUUUUGUCAACUGUGAAAAUAUUUGAAUACAAUAUGGAGAACUUAACUUUACCGUUCUUAUUUUCUGAAAUUGACUAAUUGUGGGAUCUUUUAAUGCUGGCCUGGAUUUAACAUAGCAACACAUAUUGUACAUUUUCCCGUAAUGCUCAUUUCAGUUGUUUUGAGGAAUAGAAUAUAUGUAGAAAAUAUUUCAGCCUUUGUUUUAUCAUGCUUGAUUCCCUCAUGUAUUUAUUAUAACAGAUACAAUACCUACUUCUUUAUUAUAUUAAGUACAUAUUUAAUUUUCUAAUUCCGAAAUUAAUUAUUAGCAAUGAUUAAAAAGGACAUUUAAACACAUUCCGACCUUGUGAUUUUUAAGCAUUUGCUUUUCCCCCCUUUUAAUGUGCAAUGUAUAAAUAAACCUAUGGAUUACUAUCAUUG